CAAUCACCCAAAAUGCCCACCCCCUUCCAAACCAGCCGCCUAACCUACCGCGCCAUCGAAGACACCGACGAACCCUUCAUCCACAGCCUGCAACUCCACCCCCCAUCCUUCGCCACCUCCAACGCCACGCUCCUCAGACCGCAAUCCACCCGCGACACCAAAACCGGCUACUUCAAGUACCUGACGAGCGAGAAGGCCCUGUUAGCAACCAUCAUCGAACUCUCUCCCAACACCACGACCCUCCCAACCCCAACCACCAUCCAAAUCGGAGCCAUCUCCCUGCGCGCCCCGCCACCCGAUCACGCGCACCACCGCGAAACCGCCCUCACGAUCGACAUUGCCGCCGAGCACCAGGGCCAGGGGUACGGGAGCGAGGCGAUCGCGUGGGCCCUGCGGUGGGCGUUUCGGGUGGCCGGCUUGCAUCGGGUCACCGUUGAAGCCGUCGGGUAUAAUACCGACGCGGUGAGGCUGUAUCGCAGGCUGGGGUUUGUGGUGGAGGGGAGGAAGAGAGAGGCGGUUUGGUUUGAGGGGCGGUGGUAUGAUUUUGUGAUUUUGGGGAUGUUGGAGGGGGAGUGGAGGGGUACUAGAGAUGGGGAGGGGGGUGAGAUUGGGACUGGGACUGGGACUGGGAGUUCUUAGGUUUCUUGUUUGGGGAGGGGGUUAUGAAGGACUUGGGAUGGGAUAACUACUAUGGGAUAUAUAGUAUAUGGGUUGUGGGGGUGGGUAGAUAUAGUAUUCAAUUCCCAGCCAGAUACUGAUAGAUAGAUAUAAGGGGAUGAUGGAUUGGUGUUAGGGGAUGUCUGGGUGGUGGAGAUGUAUAUUUAUUUUGACAUAAUUUAGGGCCAUACCUAUUAGGAUAUACAUCCUACAGACAGCAAC